AAAACCUAACGAACAAUAAAUAAUAAUGAAAUAGACAAAUAUUUUAAUUAGUGAUAAUAUUCCAUGAUAUUAUAAUUUUUUUUUAUGUUUCUGUAAUCUGUGUUAUUUGUAUAUUUAAUCGUGAUCAGCAGAUCCUAAUUCUCUUGCCUGGUGCUUUGUGCCUAAUUCUUGACUGACAUUUCAAAAAGACAUUAAUAUAAACAUGUAACAUCCCUUAUGUAUAGGUGUAAUAUUAUUAUUGAAUAAGGUGAGCUGAAUAGUAAAUAUUUACUCUUGUUAUUAAUCUAUUUUUUUUUUAUUUAUUCAAGUUUUCAUUUUGUGUUUUCAUUUUCAGUUGAUUGGGCAAAUAGAAAAUUUAAGGAUCAUCAUAUCAUGAUUUGAAUAGUUAUUAGUAGAAUUUAUUACCAGACAUUUAAACAUGGUAUGCAAAAAUCCAGUUUUUAAUUUUGAUUUUUGGAAUAAUCCCAACAAUGUAUCUGUUGUGGAAGUAACUUGUUUAAUGCCCAACAGUAUUUCAAUACCUUUAACGGUUUCUACUGGUACAUCAUUGCACGAGUUAAAGGAGGUGUGUUAGUGUGAUAAUUAUUAUUUAUUUUUGUGAAACAUCAGGUUUUACAUUGUAAGUUAUACAAUGUAAUUUUGUAGGAAUUAUGGGAGGAAGCAGUCAAAUAUCCUUUGCACGGUAUGUUGCACGACUCGAGCAGUUACAGUAUAUCCUAUGUCAAUGCUAUGGCCCAACGUGAAUUGCUCGUUGACGAGAACAAGAGACUUUGUGACGUACGACCAUUUUUAGCUGUCCUCAAUAUUGUUGAACGUCAGGAGGACAAAGCGGACAAUGUACUUAAUGCCCAAAUUAGUAAUCUUAUUGGGAAGGGUAUGUAUUGAUUGUUAUUUACCUGUACGGUUAAAAUAAUAAACAAAUUAAUAAAUAUUAUUGUGCUAUUUUUUUAUUUAGGUCUUAUGGAAUUUGAUUCUUUAAAAAAUUCAGAAGUGAAUCAGUUUCGUGGAAAAAUGAAAGCGUUAACCGAUCAAGUUCAAGCUGAUAGACAACGACAAAGUUGGUCGGAAAAACUCAUGUAUCAGUUUGGACCACAAUUAGCUGCUUCCACAUUGUCAUCAAAUGUAUUACCCACAACAGUUACUAGAAGAUUAAGAGAUGAUAAUUUUUCUGUUGUUAUUAAAUUUGACAACACAGAGGUAACUUUUAUUUAAAAUAUUAAUGUUACAGUGAAAUACCUAAAUCUAAAUUGUUAAUUUAUUUUUUAGACCACGUUUACAUUUAAUGUAGCUCUCACAACAACACCUGAUCAAUUAAUGAUGCAAAUAUUAAACAAACGUGCAAUGACAUUAAAAACUAGAAAUGAAAAGUGUUCUGAUUUCACUUUAAAAGUCUGUGGCCGAGAAGAAUAUAUUGUUGGUCAACAUUGUUUGAUCGAUUUUGCCUACAUACAAGAUAGUCUAUCUCAAGAUCUCAACCCUAUUUUGAUCGCUGUUUCCAAGUUUAAUGUUCCAGGUAGUUUGAAACUUUUACUAAUUAUUAUUAUUAUAAUUUCUAUAAUUGAUAUAUUUUAGUUCCAGAAGAAGUUUACAUGGAUCAAACUGAUUGCAUAGAACAAAAUAAAAUGCGUACAACAUUAACAUUACGUAAAAAGACCAAACAUAAAUUGUCCUUUGACAUAGAUGAACAAUUUAAGUUCAAAGUUAAUUAUAUAAGUAAAUUAAACUGUGAUUUGAAUAGAACUGUUGAAGUUGGAAUAGAAGCAGCUUUAUUCCAUGGGGGUAAAGCAUUGUGUGAGUGUGUUAGGACGUCUGAAAAGAUUGUUGAAAAUGGAGGGUGUACGUGGAAUGAAGAACUAGAAUUUGACAUGAGUGUAGCUGAUAUUCCCCGGAUGGCUCGUUUAUGUUUAGUUGUUUAUGAAGUUUCCAAAACAUCCAAAGGACUGAGAACUAGACGUAUCAAAGAAUCAAAACAAGUAAACGAAAAAUAAAAUAAUUGAACCCCUAAUUAAAUACUAAUUAUCUUUACUUUUUAUAGGAAAUGUUUGUAACUCCGAUGGACUGGGUUAAUACAACCGUCUAUGACUUUAAAAAUCAAUUAAAAAGUGGAUCGAUUACUUUAUUCAUGUGGACGUAUGCUGACGAUAUGCAAAAUGAAGACUUAUUACAUCCACUUGGUACUGUUGUAUCUAACCCUAAUAUAGAACAAACAACAGCGCUUACAAUAACUUUUCAUAGGUUUGAGUUAUUUUGGAAUAAAAUGUAUUCUCAAAUGUUUAUGUGAUUUAAAUUUGUUUAGUUACCAACCACCAGAACAUGUAAUUGUAUAUCCAAGUUUAGAAAAGUUACAAGAGUGUGCUAAGCAUAAAGGAAAAGAAGACUUGAAUGAUCAAGCUACUGAAGAUUCACAGUCACUAAAAGCUUAUUUAGAUCAAAUAAAGUAUGUUCAGUCUAUCUAUACUGAAGGUGUGUUAAUUUUAGAAUUGUUUAUUUUUUAUAGAACUAUGGCUGAACGAGGAGAACCUCUAGAUGAAAUGCACGAACAGGAUCGAAAGAAACUUUGGCGCCAUAGAUAUCAUAUAUUGCAAACGGUGCCUGGACUUUUAGCCAAGCUCUUAGACUGUGUUGAAUGGGGUAUACGGUGGGAAGUAGCGGAAGCCACCUCAUUGGUUUCUAAAUGGCCACUAUUGGGUCCAGAGCAAGCUUUGGAAUUACUAGAUUAUGCUUAUGCGGAUCAAGUCGUUCGGAGUUUUGCCGUUAAAUGUUUACAAAUACUGAGGUAAUUAAUAUUCAUAGGCGGAGCUGAUUUGGUGCAAGGUAUGUAGUUAUAUUCAUUAAGCGCAAAAACAAACAAAACUUCUUUGCUUGAUAGGUAUUAAAAUAAUAUAGAUUAAUUUGGUUCAUUUGAAGUUAUGUUUUCUUUUUAGUAAUUUAUUUAAAUCAAUAAUAUAAAAUACUCUAAUAUAAUAAAACAAUUUAUUUUUAAUAUUUUAAUAGACAUUUUCUCAUAAGUACUCUUAAAUAUAAAACAGGCUUUACCUAAGUAAAUAUUUAAUAGCCAACUAGUAACAACUAUAUUUUGUAAUUUGUGUUAACAUAGUGAUGAAGAUCUUUCAUUGUUUCUAUUACAACUGGUCCAGGCUCUGAAACAUGAAUCUUAUUUAUGUUGUGACCUAGUUGAAUUUUUGCUCACUAGAGCAUUGCAAAAUCAAAAAAUUGGACAUUAUCUAUUUUGGCAUCUCAGGUAUGUAAAACAUGUUAGACAUUAUUUUUGUUAUUGGGUUUUUAAGUUAGCACCCAAAUAUUUAUGUAAUUUAUGCAAUUUAGUUAUAUAAUUUGUAAUUUAUAAUUUAAAAGUCCAUUUUUUUUUUUUGUGACAUUUCUAUUUAUCUAAAAUUUGAGUCUGUCGCUAUGCUCUUAAAAUCUAAAAUAUUUAUUGGUUUAUUAUGAUUAUGAAAGAAAAAAUAAACAACUUAAAAAUGUGAAGUCCCAUUAAAAUAAAUAAUAAAAACAUUUGGUUCAAUAGGUUUUUAAAAAUUUUUGAAAACAUGAUAAUGAAGCACUGAUAACAGAAUAGUGCUAUUUAUUUGUAUUGGUGAAUUAUUUAGAAGUUAUUAUUACGUUUAUUAGAUCAGAAAUGCAAGUGGCAUCUGUAUCUGUACGUUUUGGUUUAAUGUUGGAAGCUUAUUGCCGGGGUUCCAUUGAACACAUGAAGACAUUGAUUAGACAAAUGGAUUUCUUGGAGAAAUUAAAAAAGACAACUGAACUAGUUAGACAACGACGUGAUAAAGAAAAAGCUCGAUUUUUUUUACAAGAAUAUUUUCAAGAAGCACACUGUAUUGAAGCCAUGUCGUCUGUGCACAGUCCUUUAGAUCCUAGUUAUAAGUGCAAAAGAAUUAGGUAUAAUUAAAUGUUUAUUAAUAAUGGUUUAAAUAAUGCAAUAUACAAAAAUAAAAUAUUUUUUUAAUAUAAUUUACUAGAACUGAAAAGUGCCGUGUAAUGGAUAGUAAAAUGAAACCAUUAUGGAUCGUUUUCGAGAAUGUUGAUUCACAUGGAGAUGACAUUUAUGUUAUAUUCAAAAAUGGUGAUGAUUUGAGGCAGGAUAUGCUUGCUUUACAAAUGAUACGUAUUAUGGACAAAUUGUGGAAAAACGAAGGAUUAGAUUUGAGGUAAGUUGAUAAAGAAAACAUAUCAAAAAAAGGAUAUCACUAAGAAAUUAAACUACUUAAUUAAUUUCCAGAAUGAACCCGUACCGAUGCAUUUCGACAGAUAACCGUGUGGGUAUGAUAGAAGUAGUGUUAAAUGCUGAAACUAUUGCUAAUAUUCAAAAAGAAAAAGGAAUGUUUUCUGCUACGUCUGCUUUUAAAAAAGGAUCAUUAUUAGGUUUGAUUGGAAUUCCAUAGAAAAAUAUUUUUUGUUAAAAUUACAGUUAAUAUAAUUAGUUAAUAUCUUACAUUUUCAGCAUGGUUAAAGGACUAUAAUCAAACAGAACAAUCUUUGCAAAAAGCUAUUGAAGAAUUUACAUUUUCGUGUGCAGGUUAUUGUGUGGCUACAUAUGUUUUAGGAGUUGCUGAUCGUCAUUCCGACAAUAUUAUGGUUAAAAAAACUGGUCAAGUGUGUAAAAUUUUAUUAUUUACUACAAUGAUUUCUUUUUUUAAUGUACUGCAUUAAACAUUUUUUUAAAUUUUAUUAAAUUUUAGCUAUUUCAUAUUGAUUUUGGUCACAUUCUUGGGCAUUUUAAAGAGAAAUUUGGUUUCCGUCGCGAACGCGUGCCAUUUGUAUUAACUCACGACUUUGUGCAUGUCAUCAAUAAAGGCCAAACUCGAAAAGAAGCUCCUGAAUUCCAAAUGUUUCAAAAUCAUUGUGAAAAGGUAAUAAUCAUUAUUCAACAUAUUACAAAUAAUUUUGUCAACAUUAUACAUCUAAUUUCAGGCCUUUCUCAUAUUAAGACGGCAUGGUUCAUUGAUACUGUCUCUUUUUGCAAUGAUGAUAUCCACUGGUCUUCCUGAAUUGGGUUCUGAAAAAGAUCUCAACUAUUUACGCGAGACACUUGUAUUAGACCUAUCAGAGAAUGAUGCUAAAUUACAUUUUAGAUCCAAAUUUGAAGAAGCAUUAGGAAAUUCGUGGAAAACAUCACUCAACUGGGCGUCUCAUAAUUUAGCAAAAAAUAAUAAACAAUGACAAAAGUUUCUAAUUGGCUUGGAGCUGGCCAUACUGCCUUAAUUUCAGUUCAAGCUUACUAUAUACAAUGUUUUCCUAAAGAAUAGUAGACAAAUUGUAUUAAAUUUUAAGCAAAAAUGUUUAUUUUGUAAAUGGGAGAGAAAGACGUAAGUAAUUGAUAAUAAUUGUGGUUACCUCAGUAUGAUUUUUUUUCUAAUUACAAAAAUGAUAUUUUAAAUUAUUUUAAAUUAUAUUUAAAAAUAUUGCAAUAUUAACCGUGUCUAAAGCACAGCUGUUAUAAUAUUAUAAAUAAUUUACAAUUAUAAUUAUAUUAUAGAAUGAUCAUGCCAUUAUAUAGGCUCAUAUUAUUUAUUUAAGUAACUGCUAUUCUUGUAAUUAAUUAUUGUAAUUAUGUUUAUUAUUAUUAAAUUAUGAAAAAAAAAUUAUAUUUAUUCAUUUUGUUUGCCUUCCAAAUUUGAAUUUUUCAACAUAAAGUUUUAUUUUCUAUUCACAAUC